CUUCUUGGCCCAAAGGCGUGGGUCCACGGAGGCGACUACAAGAAGCCGCCAUAACUGGGCUAUACCAGGCUCCCUAGACAAAUUCGCUUUCGACCAUCUGUACUCACAAACUCCUCGUCCACGUAGGAUCAGGAAAUCUGGCUACCGGAAACUUUCCCCCAGCGGCUGAGUGUAGGGGAGGACCCUACGCAAGGCCUCUAGUCAAAUUGAACGCGCCUCAGAGGUGAGCGCUCACAAGCGACUCGCCGAUCCUUGGGGUUUCUUGCGCUGCAGGAGACCUUAACUGGACGUUCACAACACCAAAGCUGGCUUAACCAAGGAAAAGAAGAACCCUUGGAGUCAAACUCAAUCGCCGCCUGAGUCGCCAACAUGUCUGACACUCCGAGAACUGAGAAGUCCGAGACGAGGUUCAGCACCCCGGUGUCUGACCUCGACGACCACCGCCGACAGCCCCAGUCCAUGCCUCGAGCUGACUCGCCGCCUCCUAUUCGAUCGCGCCGACCGACCUUUGCUAGCACCAACAACCAAAUCGAUCGUCCGAACUUGCUGAUUCAAGUCAACGAAGCCCUCGAGGCAGGCGGAAUCACUGCUCGCGAUUUUGAGGAGAACGCCAUUGUGGAUGAGGAUGCCCCAUACCUGUCACCUGAGGGUUACGGUCGCCGUGGCUCUGUCCAGGCUCAUAGCCCGUCUGCACGACGCGACACCUUUAGGCGCCCCCGCGACCCAGCUAUCGAGCGCCUAGUCAGGUCUCGCGCUUCUUCCACAACCUCGCGCUCAACAUCGCCUCCCAAUUCCGUGGAUGCAUUCGCUGGCCCCAACCGUCGCCGUGACCGAGCAAACACCCUCAACAGCCGUCCACCGUCCAUCGUCGAGCUCAACCUUCAGAGGACGCAUUCCAGGGCCACUGCGCGCCGCCCAACCAUCAGCGAUGAGCGCCCGGAUGAUCUGAAGAGCAUCAAGACUGUUUCUGCCGCCAGCUCUGCCGAAGAGGACGUGUGCUUUCCCGUGGAGGAGGACUUUGGAAAAACCACGCGCUUCGACUAUGAAGAGCUGGAGGAGUUUGUCGCCGAGUGCCACGAGAGGACUCCAAUUGGCCAAAACCUGCGCCACAAGCCCAGUGUUGCAUCUCAGAUGUCCAAGAAGAUUUUCGCAGACCUUCGACCAAAGUCCAGCCAGGCCAACCGCAUGGACGACAUCGAGACUGCUACCUUAAAGGAUGUUGACCCGGCCAUUCAAGAGAAGCUUGCAGAGGAGGGCCUGGCGCACAUGUACAACGAGAAUAAGAAGGACAUCCCUGGUCUCUCCGGCAAUCGAUUCACGUUCUUCUCUUCCGAGCUUGACGACACGAUCCACGCCGCCGAGCUUGGGGGCCUGCUCAUGCCUGGCGAACGCUUUCGCGACCUCUUUGAGACACCCCCUGACGGCGGCGUCUGGUGGAUGGACAUGGUCAACCCAACCGAAGAGGAGGUAUUUGCCAUCUCUAAGGCUUUCGGUGUGCAUCCCCUCACUCGUGAGGAUAUCUGCAUCCAGGAGCCCCGUGAGAAAGUAGAGUUGUUCCACCAGUACUACUUCGUAUCUUUCCGCUCCUUCUACCAAGCCGACAAGGAGUCUGAGGAUUACCUGGAGCCUCUCAACUUCUACGCUGUAGUGUUCAAGGAGGGACUUCUCACUUUUACAUUCUCUGAGAGCCCUCACACUCUCAAUGUUCGCAAACGUAUCAGUCGCCUCCGCGACUACAUCAACCUCAAUGCCGACUGGAUUUGCUACGCCCUUAUCGACGACAUCGUCGAUAGCUUCGGUCCUGUCAUCCGUGGCAUUGAGGAUGAGGCCGAGGCCAUCGAGGACCAGGUCUUCACCGCCCGCAUCGAAGACUCCCGCGCCAUCCUCCGUGCAGUAGGCGACGCUCGCAAGCGGGUCAUGCAGCUGCUGCGCCUUCUCGGCGGCAAGGCCGACGUCAUCAAAGGCUUUGCUAAGCGCUGCAACGAAUCCUACAGCGUCGCACCUCGCGGCGACGUCGGUCUCUACCUCAGCGAUAUUCAGGAUCACGUCGUUACUAUGAUGUCCAACUUGGCGCAUUUCGAGAAGAUGCUGAGUCGCGCGCACUCCAACUACCUCGCGCAGAUCUCGGUCGAUCAGGUUAUUCAGGGUAACGCUAGUAACGACACGCUCCAGAAGGUUACUGUUAUUGCGACCAUUCUCGUUCCGCUGAACUUGAUCUGUGGUCUGUUUGGUAUGAACGUUCGCGUUCCUGGCCAGGAUGGCAGCCCCGCUUGGUUCUACGGUAUUCUGGGCACGAUCGCGCUGUUCGUAGCGGUCUGCUUGGGUGUUGCGAGGAGGUUGAGGUACAUCUAGACGCUUUCCUUGUUGUGGUUGUUGUGGUUACGUGUGUUUGAUGUUUAGUUUGA